AGGCAAAAAAAAUCAAUGGUCAAGAACCCACAAAAACCCACCUUAAUUUCCACUUUGAUUCAACACAAAUCCAAUCUCAAACUUGUUCUUUUUCAUGUGUUGAAGGAAACCAAAGAAACCACCCACCACCCCACAACCCUCCUUCAACACAUAAAACAAAGCUCACCAAAUUUUUGAGAAAGAGCAAGAAAAAGGAAAGGAAAAACGAAAAUGGCAAACCUGAAACUUUCAUUGAUCAUCUUGGCUGCAACAAUGGGAUGCUUCAUGAUGGCAACAUCAGUAAAUGCCAUGACUCACAUUGUUGGAGGAAGCCAUGGCUGGCGUGUACCUGAUAACAAAACUUACUUUGAGGAUUGGGCUAGACCAAGAACCUUUGGUGUUGGUGAUAGACUUCUUUUCCCAUCAAGACCAAGUGCCAACAAUGUGGUGAUCGUGGACAAGGAUGAUUUCGAACAUUGCACUCAAAACCAUGUGAUUAGCAUGUUCUUUGAUGGACCUGUGAUUGUCAACCUCACAAGGACAGGUGACUAUUACUUCUACAAUGGCCUUGGAAAGCACUGUGAGGCAGGACACAAGCUCCACAUCAAAGUUGAAAACAAAGAGGGCUCCUCUGGUGAAGAAUUUCCAUUCAAACUUGUUGGGCAUCUUGAGAUGGACUCUUUCACUGCGGCACCUGUACCUGCACCAUCUCAAUCCUCUGCCAACACUGUUCGAAAUUUCGGUGUGGUUUCGGGUUUAAUCACCCUCUUGAUUUGGAUGUUCAUCUAGGGAGAGAGUGCGACUAGUCGAUGAUGAUGUUUUCCCUUAUUAUUUACUCACAGUUUAAUUGCCUGCUAUAGGAGAGUGAAAUAUCAGUUUUUUUGUCACACUCUUUGAUUUAUAUGGCAUGGUUUAUUACUAUUGAAGACAAGUAAACAUUACACAUUAUACUUUAAUUUAUUGGUCGCUGUUGCUUUCCAACACAGUCUAUCUAGCAUUGCAAGAAAUUUUGUAUUCCCUUCAUUAUUUUCUUAUAAUGUUAUAUACAUCAAACACUUUUGGUUC